AUGAUCUCCAGGUACACGCGAAAGACGGCGCCACAGAGCGUGGAACUGAAAAAAAUAACACAGCAUGCUCUUAAUCAUCAUCCUCUCCCAGAGCAACUUGAUGAAAUCUCCACCAAUGACAGCCAUGAAAAAGAUACAAGCUCCCAAAGUGAGUCUGACAUCACACAGGAAUCACCUUUGACUUCAGCCGACACUGGGGAUUCAAGGUCAGCAUUUCCGAGUUACAGUGGCACAGGGGUCUCCACCGAAGGCAGCUCGGACUUCUCCUGGGGAUAUGCUGAACUCGAUCAAAAUGCCACUGAAAAGGUCCAGGCCAUGUUUACAGCGAUUGAUGAACUCCUGUAUGAGAACAAGUUGAGCGAAUAUACAAAGAGUCUUCAAGAAGAGUGCCAACAGUGGACAUCUAGCUUUCCUCACCUCAGGAUUCUAGGUAGGCAGCUGAUCACUUCAAGUGAUGGUUACAAAUUGUAUCCAAGGUCAGCUUCUGCCACUUCAACUUCACAUGAGACAACCAUACCUCAAGAAAGAGAUUCUACUAUAUUUGGUAUAAGAGGAAAGAAGUUAAAUUUUUCUUCUUAUGCUCAUAAAGCAUCUUCCAUUGCCAAAUCUUCUAGCCUGUGUUCUAUGGAAAAAGAAGAACAAGACUGUGUAAUCUACUCUGAAGGAAUAAUUGAGGAAUACUUAGCCUAUGACCACACUGAUAUGGAACAGGAGUUUCAUGGAACAAAGUCAGAAGUGGCUGCAGAGAGACAGAAAUCAGGCUACCCUCCCAUUGCUCCAUUUUACUGCAUGAAGGAAGAUGUGCUUGCAUACGUGUUUGACAAUGUGUGGAGCAAGGUCCUGGGCUGUAUGGAGGGACUGAUACGUAAUCACUGGGAAGGAUAUGUCUCUGAUGAUGAGAGCAAUGUUACAGUCACCAGACCAAAUUCAGGAAGCUCCUGUGCACUGAGUGAACCUCAGCCUCUGGUGUUACCUCGAGUGCCACAGUCUAAAGUGCUGUCCGUCACCUCAAAUCUGAUGGGCCUCUGUCAAGCAGCAAGCAGCCAUCAGCCAAAUGUGAAUGGUCUCUUGGUCCAUGGGAUGCCGCUACAGCCAAGAAAUCUCUCCCUAAUGGAUAAGCUCCUAGAUCUUGAUGACAAGCUACUUACGAGGCCUGGGUCCAGUACCAUCCUUUCAGCCCGAAAUUGGCCAAAUCGAGCUCUGGAGCUUAGUUCAUCCUCUCUGUCAUACACAGCUCAGUCUGUCAGGAGGCGGAACCCCCCACCACGGACACUUCAUCCAAUCAGUACAAGCCAUUCCCGAGCUGGAACACCAAGACCUGUGGAAGAACUCCUCAGAGGAGCCCGAGUGCCUGUGGCCACCGACUCACUCUCCUCGCCCUCACUGAUGCCCCUCAGUCGAAACAAUCUGCUGCCACCUAUUGGUGCAGCUGAGGUGGAACACCUGAGUGCCUUGGGGCCACAGAGGCAAAUGAAACCUCAUAGUGAUCUGAGCCGAGCUCGAAGCGCAGUGGUGGAUGAGCCAAACCAUCAGCAGCCCCCAGAGAGGUUCCUUCUGCCGGACUUUUUCUCCAGGCCCAACACAACGCAGUCCUUUCCGCCUAUCCAAAUUCUAUCCAUAAAGGAAACUAUCACACUGUCAUACCCUCUCAUGGCUGUCUGA